UUUGAGGGGAGCUUACUCUGACCUAUUUCCGGUGCCGGUAAACAAAAUUUUUUCGUCAUGACUGCGAGAUAUGACCGUGCAAUUACCGUAUUUUCACCAGACGGGCACUUAUUUCAAGUUGAGUAUGCUCAGGAGGCUGUAAAGAAAGGAUCCACGGCGGUUGGUGUGCGAGGCAAGGAUAUUGUUGUACUUGGAGUGGAAAAGAAAGCGGUGGCCAAACUACAGGAGGACAGGACUGUCAGAAAAAUAGCCUUGCUGGAUGAUCAUGUAGCGCUAGCUUUCGCAGGAUUGACAGCUGAUGCUCGAAUUCUCAUUAACAGAGCAAGAGUAGAAUGUCAGAGUCAUAAACUAACAGUGGAAGAUCCUGUCACUAUAGAAUAUAUUACCAGAUAUAUAGCACAACUUAAACAGAAAUAUACACAGAGUAAUGGAAGACGUCCCUUUGGUUUAUCUGCAUUGUUAAUUGGUUAUGAUGAUGGGCCACACCUAUAUCAGACUGAUCCCUCAGGAACAUACCAUGAAUGGAAGGCUAAUGCUAUAGGUAGAAGUGCAAAGACUGUACGAGAGUUUCUUGAGAAACAUUACACAGAUGAAGUAGCGGCAAAUGAUAAGGAAUGUAUCAAACUGACACUGAAAGCUCUACUAGAAGUCGUACAAACCGGCGGGAAAAAUGUGGAACUUGCAAUUAUGAAGAGAGGAGAACCUUUAAAAAUGAUAGAUUCUGAUGAGAUAGACAAGUAUCUGGCAGAGAUUGAGAAAGAGAAAGAGGAAGAGGCAGAGAAGAAAAAAGCAAAGAAAUAACCAGUAUUCAUUCAUCUUUUCUUAUGUUCAUCACACAACUGAAGUUCAUGAUACAACAGCUCGAUUAAAGCAAAACUUUAAACAAAAUACAGUUGUGAAACAGUUAUAAAAUCUCUCUGCGACUGGUCUAAACGGAGAAUUUGUAAUCUUCAUGUCAAUGUCUUUUCAUCAUCCACAUGUUUCAUUCUUGCAUUUUUCUUCACAUAUUUAUUUGAUCUGAAGGACACACAUGCAGAUUUUUCAAACUUAGCAUGGCCAAAGUUUAGUCUCAUUAGAGCUAAGUUUAGAAUACUUGGAAUCAAAGUGCUAGUAUAGUUUUGGUAAGAUAUUUUCAUGUUGGAUUAUGUUGAUAUUGCCUCAGAAGAAUGACACUCCUCCAGACAGUAUUUAUGUUAAAAAAUAUGUGUUGUCUUUGAAAUACACCGACACACUCUCAAAAGAGUUAGUCUAUCAAGUUAUAGAAUCGGAGGGAAUCUGUCCGAACUUUACAUCAUGCUAAUUAAAGCUAAUUACUUUCCCCUCAUCUUGGUGGCAUACCCUAUUCAAAUGUAACUACUACUUUCUUCUUUUUUUAAUUUUAAGUGUCAGAUUCUUUUGUGUUACUUAUGGAAACAUGCAUUUUGUAUGAUGUAUUUUUGAACAAUCAUAACGUAUUAAAUGUAUGUUUGACCAAUUAGAGAGAAGUGCUACUUCUGUUACAGAUACUCAUCUGUCUGAUAACAGUCUGUUAAUUGUGAUGUAUUUACUUAUUUGAUGAAUAAAAUUUAGAUGUAAACUAUU